AUGAUACACAUGGCCAAGCCCGAAGCUGUUUCAGAAAUGAAUCUUCACGCAGAAGUCGAGCAGCGUCCCAAAUCGUCCACAGGGAGAUUAAAGUCCGAGGUCUCCCGUAAGGCAAUGGCAGCAAAGUCCUUCCAAGACGAGCUAGUACACGCCAUUAGCGUCACCUUGAUGAUCGCCACUCGUACUUGCUCUAAAUAUCAACCAGUCCCGGCAGUGAUUGACACACCGGACCCAUGGCCAAUUUCGGCCUGCCAGGAAAGUGGACACUCGGCCAAGUCGAAUGAAGCUAGACCUAACGGUGUGAACUAG